UUCAGUCACAUGGUCCUCAGUGGUUCUACCGCUGUGUCAGGAGCUCCAUCAGACGUAGGGCUGUAAGUGCUUCAGGCUGAGGGCUUUCUGCCGGAGUGCCGCUGAGCAAACAGCUGACGGGCCGCGGAUACAGACCAGGUGUUGCUGACUCAAGCCAUAUGAUCCAUCUACUUAUCAUCCCACCUGCGGUUAACGACCUGCAGAGGGGGUAAUGUGAGGUGAUGCUCGCUCGGCCAUCAUGCCCAGUGUCACACUGCGGUAUUUCUGUUAUGGCUGCCUUGUCACCUCGGCCACCUGGUCCAUCCUCCUUUACCUCUACUUCUUUCUGGGGGCGGAGCCUAGCAGGAACCCUGUGCAGCACCGCAGCCAGCCAAUCAACAGAGGUGUACCUGAUCACAAGGCGGGGCGGCGCUCUCCGCUGACCAAGAAGGAACUGUCCCCAGAGAUGGGGAUGAUAUUUAACGAAAUGGAUCAGGAAGUCCGAGACACCGGCUAUCAUCGCCAUGCCUUCAAUGUGCUGAUCUCCGAAAGACUGGGCUACCACAGAGAACUGCCCGACACCAGAGACCCACAGUGUCUGCAAAAGUCUUAUCCUCUGGCUCUACCUGCUGCUAGUGUAGUGAUCUGUUUCUUCAACGAAGCGUUCUCUGCCUUGCUCAGGACCGUCCACGGCGUACUGGACCGAACCCCAGCCUACCUGCUGCAUGAGGUCAUCCUGGUGGAUGACCACAGCGAACUGGAGGAGCUGAAGGACGACCUGGAUCAGUACAUCAGGAAGGAGCUGCAGGGAAAAGUCAAACUGAUCCGGAACCAGCAGAGAGAAGGACUCAUCAGAGGACGGAUGAUCGGAGCCUCCCACGCUACAGGUGAGGUGCUGGUCUUUCUGGACAGCCACUGCGAGGUAAACCAGGCAUGGUUGCAGCCGCUGCUAGCCCCCAUUAAGAAGGACCGCCGCAAUGUGGUCUGCCCCGUCAUCGACAUCAUCUCUGCUGACACACUCGCCUACUCACCCUCCCCCAUUGUUAGGGGCGGCUUCAACUGGGGGCUACACUUUAAGUGGGACCCUGUGCCCCACUCAGCGCUUAGCGGGCCCGAGGGGGCCUCCGGACCUAUCAGGUCUCCCACCAUGGCAGGCGGCCUGUUUGCCAUGGACAGAAGGUACUUCAAUGAGCUCGGCCAAUACGACGCAGGAAUGGACAUCUGGGGAGGAGAGAACCUGGAAAUCUCCUUCAGGAUCUGGAUGUGUGGUGGUCAGCUCUUCAUCGUUCCGUGCUCCAGAGUCGGACACAUCUUCAGGAAGAGGAGACCCUACGGCUCCCCGGGAGGACAGGACACCAUGGCCCACAACUCCUUAAGGCUGGCACACGUCUGGAUGGAUGACUUCAAGGAGCAGUAUCUGACUCUGCGUCCUGAGCUCCGUGACCGUGGUUACGGUGACAUCAGCGAACGUGUGGCGUUGAGAAAGCGUCUGCAGUGUCACUCCUUCCGAUGGUACCUGGACACUGUUUAUCCUGAGAUGCAGGCCGUUGCCAGUGGCAACAAGCAGCAGCCUCUGUUCAUUAACAAGGGCCUGAGGCGGCCCAAAGUCCUCCAGCGAGGCCGGCUGCGUAACCUAGCAACGGGACGAUGUCUGGUGGCACAGGGGCGAGUCAGUCAGAAGGGCGGGGCCGUCGUCCUGAGACCAUGUGACCUCAGAGACCCAGAACAGGACUGGGCCUAUGAUGAGGACGGACAGCUGGUCCUUGCAGGUCUGCUCUGUCUGGAUAUGUCGGAGGUCAGAACCUCUGAUCCCCCCAGGCUUAUGAAGUGUCACGGCUCGGGGGGGUCGCAGCAGUGGAGCCUUGGGAAGUCUAACCGCCUCUACCAGGUCUCUGUGGGUCAGUGCCUCGCCGUCUCCCAUCUAACAGGACCCAAGGGUUACGUCUCCAUGGCGAUCUGUGACGGCUCUGAAGCACAGCAGUGGCAGCUGGAGGGUUAAUCAUGGAGUUGUCUUCAGCUCGAGCUUAAAGACAAUCAGGAGGAACCAGUUUCAGUCUGAUGGUUUUAUCCAGAAUCCACAGACUGGUUCACAUAUCUGCACCAGUUCCAGGUCCUGUAAAGUUCUGGGCCUCAGACUGUGACGUUCUGGUUAUUAUUUUUAUCUUUUAUUUAGUUUUUAUUGAAAGUUCUUAGAGCUGCUGGAAAACAUUAGAAGAAACUGAGGUGGAACAUCGUGAUCAUCACAUCAGCUGACCUCCUAAACUUUUCCUCUUAAAUAAAAUCUUCUAAAUGUCUCA